CCAACAGAAGCCAAUAAAUGAAUUCAUUCCGUCGGAUGAAUAUAAUACGUAUAACGCCUGAAUAAAUCUUUCAGACCUGCGUCGACGGUUCGCUGCCGCCGAAAUUUCCGAUCAACCUUAAUAAGGAAUAUGACGUCUCUGUCGGUAAAUGAUCGGAAGGAUUUUGUAGAUGGGCAGAUGAAGUACUGGCGUCAAAUAGCCGAAUCCGAUGGUUUCGAUAUCGAUGAUGUUCCAGUACCAAGAGGAACCAGAGCUGGACUGUGGUCUGUCGACUGUAAACACCCACGUUUUAGGCUUAGGGCUUGUUUACCCAAGAUUUAUGCUAUGGUUGGUCUUCACCGUUACAAUUUGCUCAGGGGGACAAACUUCGAGCACCUUGAGUUACUAAAAUACAACGAGUCAAUGAACUGUGUGUGCUCUUACUAUAUAACUUCGGUUGCAGUAGAUCUUUCUAGCCAGUUGCAGAAAACUUUUCAGAUUCGAGUUGAUGAAAAAAGUUUUGGAGAUUUGGAUUUGACGGUCUCUGUUGCUAGACCUAAUGAUGAAGAGAAAGUGACCACCGAGAAGCGUUUCAUACAUCACUUUCAUUGUGAAGCAGCUGCGGAUGAUUUCUACAAAGGUGCAUUGCCUGAUUGGCCGUCAGUUGGUGAUCUGAAUAAUCAAAAACGAUUUUACAUGGUGAAGAAAUGCGAGUUGCAAUCCAAUGAUUGGAUCCGUCUAUAUUUGGAACUUGCAGUUGGUGUACGUUAUCAGCAGACUUCAGAGGUUUUUGUGUCUCUUUUGCAAAACAAUGACAUACAAUGAUCAGUGCCAUUGUUGUUAACAAUAAUUAACAGGUUUGGUUUGCUUCAAACUGUUGCUGCAUGCAGAGUGAUCUGUCCAAGUUGCAGGUUCUGAAAGUGGCAAUAGAAACUAAGGAAGAAGAUGUGCAGCCACCGAAUAGGAGACUCAAGUCCAAAAGUCUACAUGUCUACAUAACGUUUAAGGGCUUGGCCAAGGCUCCUAUUGGUGAUGAGAUUGGUGAGCAUGUUGAACGCAAAGCUAUAGUUCGAAGAGUCAUUGAUGAGCGUUCAGGACACUUGACGCUUCUCGGUGGGUUUUCCAAUGCGAAAAAUGAUUUGAAUCAGUCCUCUGACGAUGAGCAGCCUUUUGGAAAGCGACGUCGCAUAUAGCUGAGAUGAUAAACUAAAGUUAUCGUGUUAAGUGCAUUUGUUUCUGUGGGGUGUUUUUGUAAGUCUACUGUUUCUGAAUACAAUGAAGUUAAUUUAUCUUAUGAAUAUACUGUGACUGUGUGCGCAAAUUAAUAGGGAGCUAUUUUUAACUUCGCUUAGAACAUCAAGGGACUUGUAUGUCACUAAAUCCUUUUGACUUUUUCAUUUUUGCUUUGAAGUUCCCUUAAUUGAAUCAAUUUGUCUGGUUGUUCUUGACGAAGAUGAGAGUGUAACAGACUGUUUGUUUUUGUUUCUUGUACAAUUGAAUAUCAGAUUAUAUAGAACACAAA